CGGGGAGGCCGAAGCCUGUGGAUCUGCGGAAGACAGGGCAGGGUUCAGUCCCACAAUGGCCAACAACAUGACCGAUGCCCAUCGCCGUUUCCUGCAGCUGCUAAUGUCUCAUGGAAUAAUGGAAGGGUCAGAGGCUCGAAAAUUGCACCGACACUGCUGCGAAAAGCAUAAAGUGUACUAUGCUCACGACAAGUUGGAUGACUUCAUCGGUGUUAUUAACAGACUUCUCCAGCCCUUGUUUAUGGAGAUCAGGAAAGGAAUGUCUGAAGACGAAGGGAAACCUUAUUAUGCUUUGGUGAAUCUCACCGAAACUGAAAUAACUAAAAUGGCUACUGACUAUGCAGAAAAUGAGUUGGAACUGUUCAAAAAAACUAUGAGCCUGAUUAUCUUAUCGGAAAACGGGUUUGCCUCUUCCACGAGCAUCUUAAACCUGUCUGAUCAACUUCAGACAAAGAAAAUGAAGAAGAAAGAAGUAGAGCAAGUGCUGCAUAAUUUUGUCCAGGACAAGUGGCUCUCUGAGAGAGAAGGCGAGUAUACCUUACACACCCGCUGCAUCAUGGAGAUGGAGCAGUACAUCCGCCAUUCAUACCAAGACCUGGUGAAAAUCUGCAACAUCUGCCGAAGCCUUGCCAUCCAGUGCCAGACCUGUGAAACCUGUGCAACUGGAAUGCACUUACCUUGCGCUGCAAGGUAUUUCAAAGCCCAGGUCGAACCACACUGUCCUUUCUGCAACGAGUUCUGGCCUCAUGAGAUACCAGAAAUAAGUCAACCCGAUUCCCAGUUGCCUUGUACCUCCAAGGGAGAGAGAAGAAGCAAUUCAUCUUCAGGAAAAAGGAGACAUUAGAAUUCACUAUGUAGUUGGAUUUGUUGCAUUAUAAUUUCAUAUCCAGCCGUCAUACAGAGAGUAAAAUGACCCUACUGUACAAGGGGUAAAGUUAACCGCUUUUCUACUAAUUUGUUUUAUUUUUAACUUGAAAAUGACCUUUCAAAUAAAGUUGUUCUAACUUGA